AUGCUUGGGGUUUCAAUUAAGCCUUUACCCAGGCACGAAAACGCGGUUAUUCAGACCGGUGUCGUUGCUUGCUAUGGCCUUGCCUUCGGAAGGGGUUUUGAUUCAUAUUUGAUUGCAUUGGAUGAGCAAAAGGCUGAACUCAUCGGGGUUGUUUAUCCGGGUACCCAAGCGGGAGAUUUUAAGCACCCAGGCCUGGUGUGGAUGAUUGGGUUUUUAUUUCUAGUUAGCCUCCUUGUCCUUUUUAGUCUUGUUCCACUUCGUCAGGUUUUUGACCUGGUUUCUAAGCUUCCAUAUCCUUUUGGAACAGCAACUCCAUUGUUUCAUAUCAACACUAGAGCUGCACUGGCAGGGAAGCAAGUCCGUUGGCCUAUGACGGUGAUGACGAAGCAGCGAGUCCGGAAUGUGGUUUCGUGGCCUGAGUUGAUUGUUACAUAUGCAAAGAGUAGGGAUAUGGAGUCAGCAGGGGACGUGUUUCAUGAGUUGCUUGUGAAGGAUGUGGUAGCAUGGGCCACAAUGGUCACAGGCUAUGCUCAGCUUAAUACACCAAUGGCAGCGUUAGAGUUCUUCACGACCAUGCACAUUCCAGGGAUGGGGCCCACUGGCGUUACAUUGGUGCGCAUUCUUUCGGCUUGUGCCCCACUGGGUGCAGAAAAGUAUGCGAAUUGGGUUCGGGAUAUAGUCGAGAAAUGUGGAUUUGGGCCAGCUGGCAAUGUUGUUGUGGGAUCCGCAUUGUUCGAUAUAUACUCAAAAUUAGGGAGUUGGGUUCACAGCUGGGAAGUCUUCAUAGCGAUGGCGGAAAUUGAGAAUAUUGGGCUUCCUAUGCAUGGACAUGGUAAAGCUGCAAUUAGACUGCUCACCCAACUUGAGAAAAUUGGGAUUCAACCUGGUUGGAACACUUUCUUUGGUUUUCUCGGUGGGUGUACCCAUGCUGCUCUAGUGACUAAGGGUCGUUGA